AUGUCGCUUAAGGUGCCUGAGGAACUUAGCGCCAAAAUUGAAUUUGCAGAUGAAAACAUUCUAGGAAAGCCGCUUUCCGAGGUAGACAUUGGUUCGCCAGUGCGCAGGGGCGGGCGGCGCGCUUUCCCGUCCGUUUCCCGGCGCGCGAGUGACGGGCGGGGCGGGCGCGAGGGAGUGCCGGCCGCCGAGCAGCCGAGCACGUUACAUGUGGACCCCGCCUGCCCGCGGGAGCCUCUCAUCUGCACCUCCUGUCGCUCCUACGAGAACGCGCGCGAGCACAGCCUGCGCGUCAUUCGCGAGAGCCUCCUCGCCAAGCUCGGCUUCACGCAAGCACCCAACACCACCGGCCGGGAGCUGCCUCGCGUGCCCGCCGACCUCAUGGAGCGCUACGAGCGACACCCACCUCCUCCCGGCGUCCAGGCCGACGCGCCGGAGCCGGCCCGCACCUUCGUCACUCACACCGAGCAGGACGACUUCCUCGCCCGCACAGAUAAUGUCUUCGUUUUUGCCCGUUAG